AUGGUGGAACUGUACUACCAAGGGGUAUUUAAUCAAAAUCCUUUCUCUUACAUUGGUGGUGUGAAAACCAUUUUCACUGAUGUUGACUUUUCUUCUAUGACUUAUCAUGAGUUUGUUAACUUCUUCGAACGUUUCAUGCAUGAAGAGUGUAAAAAGUUUUACUAUUGUGAACCAGGCAAUUCCCUGAUGGAAGGGCUUAAUCCCAUUUCAAAUGAUGUGGAAUAUGCUGCUUUUAUUUUUGAUGCUUAUGGAACAGAUGGUAUAAUUUCGGUUUAUGUGGAUCAUAUUGGGGUUGGUGUUGAUGGGUGGCUUGAUGAUGAAGAUAAUGAUGAUGAUGAACAUGAGUCUUGUAUUGAUGGUGAAAAUGAAGACAACAUAGAUGAACUUAGAAAUGUUGCCUUUGAAUUUAAUAAGGAUGUAGUGCAUAUGAAUAGGACAUCAAAUGAUCAUUUCUUAAGUAAGUUAUGUGUUGAUGAUGAGGAUGAAAACAACAUUGUAGAUGAUGACAAUAGGAGAGAAGUUGAAGUUAACAUACAAACUCAUUCCAUAUUUAAUGAGCUAUUACACUGGACAAGACUUUUGGUGAGGUGUAGCAAGGGUGUUUGUAAGGGAGAAUUGCUUUGUGCUAUUGGGAGGGAUGCAAAUGACAAGAUAUAUCUUAUUGCUUGGGCAGUGGUUAAUGUGGAGAACAAGCAGAAUUGGAAGUGGUUUUUAGAGCUUCUCAUUGAUGAUCUAAGCUUGAAUUUAGGCAAUGGUUUCAGUUUAAUGUCAGACCAACAUAAGAAGAGAUUUACUGGUGCCAUAUAUAAUACCUUGUUUUGGAGAGCAUCUAAAGCCACAACUGAGCAUGCUUUUAAAGUUGUGAUGAAAGAAAUUGAGACAUUGAACCCAGAUACCCAUCAAUAUCUCAUGGAGAAAGAUCCUAAAACAUGGUCAAGAGCUUUCUUUCAAACUGGAAGGUGUUGUGAUGCAGUUGAAAAUGGGUUCUCAGAAAGUUUUAAUGUUGUAAUAGUAGAUGCCAGGAAGAAGCCCAUAAUAACCAUGUUAGAGGAGAUAAGAUUAUACAUGAUGGACAUAAUCUACAACAUGAAAUUAAAGGGACAACAAUGGGGAAAUCAUAUUUGUCCAGACAAAAGGGAUAAGGUGAAUUUACUUAAAAAAUCUCAAAGGCAUUAUCAGGUACUACCAAAUGGAUUAAACCAGUUUGAGGUAAGGGGAGCAAUAGAUGCAUAUGAGGUGGACUUAGAAAGGAAAACAUGCUCAUGUAGGUUGUGGCAAUUGAAUGGAUAUGGAUGUGCUCAUUCUGUAGCUAGCAUAUCCUUUCUUAAUAGGGAUGUAGAAGCCUAUGUUGACAACAUGUUUAGCACAACCACAUUUAGGAAGGUAUACAACUACAUAAUUGCUCCCAUGAAUAGCAAUGACAUGUGGCCAAAGACAAACUAUACUCCACCAUUGCCUCCUAUUAAUAGAAGGAUGCCUGGUAGGCCAACUACUAAGAGGAAGAAAUCCACUAUAGAGAAUAUAGGAACACACAGGGUUUCUAAGGCUGGAAAGAAAAUCAGAUGUAGUAUUUGCAAGGAGAUAGGUCACAACAAGGCCACUUGUCCACAGAGAAGGCCCCAAAAGUUAAAUGUGAAGAAACAAAAGAAACAAAAAGUUUGUGUGAAGCAAAAUGCAGGACAGAUGGAUACUACUCAAAAUGAUAUGCAAGUUGCUCUUACUGAUGUUGAAUCUAGUAGUGUAGGGGAUUUUAGUCAUUAUAUACAAUUUACUUCACGUAGAUGUUAUAAAGGUGAUGAGGGUGUUAUGGGUGAGGAAGCUGUUGUGGUUGAGGAAGCUGUUCAAGAUGAGGAGGCUGAGGAGGUUGAUCCUAUUAUCCAAGUUGAUAAUGUAAAUGUUCAGGAGCAGAUUAGUGUUAGGCCAAUUUCAGAAAUUUUGAAGAGGAUAAGGAGAAGAAAGUCAGAGAGAAUAUUGAAGCUGAAAUUAGGCAAAACAAUUGGUGGUGUUGAUGAUCUAGGAAAUUCGAAGGGAAAAGCUCUUGUAAUUGAUUAG